GACUCGAACUUAUAUCAAGAUGACUACCUCACCUCACCUUCUUUGUCAACAUUCAACUUUUCUAAAUAAUCCUUAAUCGAAUCACAACACUACCGCGAUGACUCAAUCCCUAGAGCUCAUCCCCAGCGAAGGGCCUCCUGAUUCGGCCACCCACAACCGCCAAAAUGAACCGCAGGGGACACCGGCAUACCCCCCAAUGGCCAAAAUUAUCCCUAUAAUGUUGGCAAUCUAUAUUGUGAUGUUUCUGGUCGCUCUGGACCGCCUCAUCGUGGCCACGGCAACCCCUCAGAUCACCGACCACUUUCAUAGUACCAACGAUAUCGAUUGGUAUGGAAGUGCCUACAUGUUGACAGCAUCCGCCUCCCAGCUUAUCUACGGCCGUAUCUACACCUUCUACCCGACGAAGUGGGUUUUCAUCAUCUCCAUCUUGAUCUUCGAGAUUGGUUCCGCCAUCUGUGGUGCUGCUCCCACCUCUGUCGCCCUCAUAAUAGGCCGUGCAAUCGCGGGUAUAGGAACUGGAGGCAUUUCCUCCGGUGCUGUGAUCAUCAUUGCACUUACGGUUCCUCUGCACCUGAGGCCUGCAUUCCAAGGCUUUGCCGGUGCUAUCUUCGGCAUCGCCUCCGUCCUCGGCCCAAUCUUGGGCGGAGUUUUCACGACGGGUACACAAAGAUUGCCGCCUAGACCUUUUCGGAUCAUAAUGUAACGUCAUGCAGGGAUAAAGAGGAAGCCUGGACCAUGGAGGCAAUCACAAGGAUCAUGGCACCACAGAGUUUCACGAUAUUGGAGAUUGGUCAUUAAUUUCCUGGUGUCGUACAUACUACCAAAGCAGACAGUCCGAUAAUUUUUCGCGCCAAGUGAGGUGAUACAGCUAAGCAUCAAAGGCACUUUACCGAGGGUUAAGGCUAUUGCAGUGUCUCAAAAGACACCCCUGAAUGAGCAACCAGGUUUGGAG